AAUAAUGAAAUACUAGAGGGUCUUGACCUGUGUGACUUUCCCAUAGAUCGGAAUCGGACCGUUUUUCUCUUCUCAGUGAGUCUCUCUCUCCAUGGAAACUGGCGUUACGAGUUCGCAUCGGCUGUAGAUUUUAGCUCCCUUUGUCGCGAUCCAACGGCUGGUUCAAAACCCUAUUUUCUUGAUUAUGGAAGAUGCAUACGCCAGAUCUGUCACCGAGGUGCUUGAUUUCUUUGGGGUAGACCCGACAAAGGGCCUUUCUGAUUCUCAGGUUAUUCAGCAUUCUAGGCUUUUUGGCAAAAAUGUACUGCCUGAAGAGAAAAGAACUUCAUUCUGGAAGCUGGUUUUGAAACAAUUUGAUGAUUUGCUCGUUAAGAUAUUGAUCGCAGCUGCGAUUGUUUCUUUUGUAUUGGCGUUGGUUAAUGGAGAGACUGGUUUAACGGCAUUUCUUGAGCCUUUUGUAAUUCUACUUAUUCUGGCUGCAAAUGCUGCAGUCGGGGUGAUCACAGAGACAAAUGCUGAGAAAGCUCUCGAGGAGCUACGUGCUUACCAAGCAAAUAUAGCUACAGUCCUCCGGAAUGGUUGCUUCUCAAUAUUACCUGCAACAGAACUGGUGCCAGGUGACAUUGUGGAAGUUAAUGUGGGCUGUAAGAUUCCGGCUGACCUGAGGAUGAUUGAGAUGUUGAGCAAUGAGUUAUGCGUUGAUCAAGCAAUUCUAACAGGUGAAAGCUGUUCAGUGGAGAAAGAUAUUGACUGUCCUGUAACAACAAAUGCUGUCUACCAAGACAAGACUAAUAUUUUAUUUUCGGGAACUGAUGUCGUUGCCGGUAGGGCAAGGGCUGUUGUUGUCGGUGUUGGUGCAAACACUGCUAUGGGUAGCAUACAAGAUUCUAUGUUGCAAACAGACGAUGAGGCAACACCAUUGAAAAAAAAGCUGGAUGAGUUUGGCAGCUUCUUGGCUAAGGUUAUUGCUGGAAUUUGUGUACUUGUGUGGGUUGUCAACAUUGGCCAUUUUGGCGACCCUUCUCAUGGGGGAUUCUUACAAGGCGCAAUUCACUAUUUUAAGAUUGCAGUUGCGCUUGCAGUAGCAGCAAUUCCAGAAGGUCUUCCUGCUGUUGUUACAACGUGUUUGGCCCUUGGAACAAAGAGAAUGGCUCGGUUGAAUGCCAUUGUACGAUCAUUGCCAUCUGUUGAGACUCUUGGUUGCACCACAGUAAUUUGCAGUGACAAGACUGGAACUCUAACAACCAAUAUGAUGUCCGUGUCAAGGAUAUGUGUAGUCCAAUCUGCAGAGUAUGGUCCUAUGAUUAGUGAAUACAGUGUGAGUGGGACGACAUAUGCCCCAGAAGGUACCAUCUUUGACAGCAAUGGGAUGCAGCUGGACUUUCCCGCUCAGUCACCUUGCCUUCAUCAUCUAGCAAUGUGUUCAGCACUCUGUAAUGAGUCCAUCCUGCAAUACAAUCCAGACAAAGAUUUGUAUGAAAAAAUCGGGGAAUCAACAGAAGUUGCUCUUCGAGUUUUUACAGAAAAGGUUGGCCUUCCAGGUUUUGAUUCAAUGCCUUCUGCUCUAAACAUGUUGAGCAAGCAUGAGCGUGCAUCAUACUGCAACCAUUAUUGGGAAAAUCAGUUUAAGAAGGCUUAUGUUUUGGAGUUUACUCGUGAUCGCAAAAUGAUGAGCAUCCUUUGCAGCCAUAAGCAAAUGGAUGUGAUGUUUUCAAAGGGUGCCCCAGAAAGUAUAAUUGCUAGGUGCACCAAACUUCUCUGCAACAAUGAUGGUUCUGUUGUUCCUGUAACUGUUGCUGCCCGUGCAGAGUUGGAGUCCAGGUUCCAUAGCUUUGCAGAAAAUGAAACAUUGAGAUGUUUAGCAUUGGCAAUGAAACCCAUGCCCCGUGGCCAACAAAUUAUUUCUGCUGAUGAUGAGAAAGACCUGACAUUUAUUGGGUUGGUUGGAAUGCUUGAUCCACCUAGGGAAGAAGUAAGAGACGCUAUGCUUGCAUGUAUGACUGCUGGAAUACGUGUUAUAGUUGUUACAGGAGACAACAAGUCCACAGCAGAAUCACUCUGUCGGAAGAUAGGAGCUUUCGAUCACCUCGCUGACUUUUCUGGUCUCUCCUACACUGCUUCUGAAUUUGAACAACUUCCAGCUUUGCAGCAAACUCUAGCAUUGCAACGGAUGUCGAUCUUUGCCAGGGUUGAACCUUCUCACAAAAGGAUGCUCGUAGAAGCAUUGCGGAACCAAAAUGAAGUGGUGGCAAUGACUGGUGACGGUGUCAACGAUGCUCCUGCGUUGAAAAAAGCUGACAUUGGGAUUGCCAUGGGUUCUGGAACAGCUGUAGCAAAGAGUGCAUCAGAUAUGGUUUUGGCUGAUGACAAUUUUGCUUCAAUUGUUGCGGCUGUUGCGGAAGGAAGGGCUAUCUAUAAUAACACGAAGCAAUUCAUUAGAUACAUGAUCUCUUCAAAUAUUGGUGAAGUAGUUUGUAUAUUUGUAGCAGCUGUUCUGGGAAUUCCUGAUACCCUUGCUCCUGUUCAGCUUCUUUGGGUAAAUUUGGUGACUGAUGGAUUGCCUGCCACUGCAAUUGGUUUUAAUAAACAAGAUUCUGAUGUAAUGAAGGCGAAACCCCGGAAGGUUGGUGAAGCGGUGGUCACUGGGUGGUUAUUCUUCCGAUAUUUGGUUAUCGGAGUGUAUGUGGGUCUUGCAACGGUUGCUGGCUUUGUAUGGUGGUUUAUUUACUCUGAUAGUGGCCCUAAACUGACUUACAAUGAACUGAUGAACUUUGAAACUUGUGCUAUGAGGGAGACAACUUAUCCCUGUAGCGUAUUUGAAGAUCGGCACCCAUCUACUGUGGCGAUGACUGUACUUGUCGUUGUAGAGAUGUUCAAUGCUCUAAAUAAUCUCAGCGAAAACCAAUCUCUCUUUGUUAUAACUCCGUGGAGUAAUUUAUGGCUUGUGGGUUCAAUAAUCCUGACGAUGGUUCUGCAUGUGCUAAUACUAUAUGUUCAUCCUUUGGCAGUUCUAUUCUCUGUCACUCCUUUGUCCUGGACUGAGUGGACCACAGUCCUGUACCUUUCAUUUCCGGUUAUCCUUAUUGAUGAGUUCCUGAAGUUCCUCUCCAGAAACAAUGGUGUAGGCAUAAGGUCGAGGUUCAGAAUGAGGAGGAGUGAUCUACUCCCCAAGGACCAACGUGAUCAGUAGGAAUUUCCAGACAAAACACCAAACAGAUGAAACCUUAUAAAAAGAGUUUUGAGGAUCCAACAAUACACCCACAGAUCUUUCUUCUUUUUUUUUUGUACCAAAAGAGUUUACAUACCAAACUGUUUAACUUUGCAGUAUUGCUUCACCAAGUUCUUGCAUCAUGCCUUAAAAAAAGUUAAUUAAAUGAAUUAUUCAAGUUCCGGA